GAAUUUGCCACGUGACUUGACCGGGCCCGUGUUGUUUUGCUCCAGCUCUGUCGCCGCGCUCCCUUCCGUUCCCUCGCUCAUAGAACAAGAGAGACGUGAAGCGACAGCGCAGCCGCAGGAAGAGCCUCCUAUUGCCCAAUUAACAUUUUACAGAAGGAAUUAUUAUUCACUUUAAAAGUGCCUAAAAUUUACAAAGCACUAUAAAGAGCUUAAAGAACAAGACAGCUCCUGCCAGCAAAUUCAGGCAACUUUAUAUGACCAAAUGGUGAAGUUAAUUUGUACUCUGUCAGAUCAUAGAGAUGAUGUCAACUGCUGUGCCUUGUCCUCUUCCUACUUGGCUACGUGUUCCUUGGACAAAACUAUCCGUCUGUAUUCUUUAAAUAAUUUUGUUGAGCUUCCUUACUCCCCUCUAAAAGGCCACACUUAUGCUGUCCACUGCUGCUGCUUCUCUCCUUUGGGAGAUAUUUUAGCUUCGUGUUCUACAGAUGGCAACACAGUUUUGUGGAAUACUCAAAAUGGAUUGAAAUUAGCAGUGUUGGAGCACCCUUGUAGAAACCCUGUAAGAAUUUGUCAAUUUUCCCCCAAUUCUGCAUACUUAGUUUCAGGAGCAGCUGAUGGAAGUGUAAAUCUUUGGAAUGUUCAGUCCUUGAAAGUGUACCGAUCUGGUAGUGUUAAAGAUGGCUCUUUGGUAGCCUGUGCAUUUGCUCCUAAUGGAAGUUUCUUUGUGACUGGAUCCUCAUGUGGAGAUUUAACUGUUUGGGAUGACAAAAUGAGGUGCUUGUAUAAUGAGAAAGCUCAUGAUCUUGGAGUCACUUGCUGUGACUUUUCUUCACAGCCGCUUUCUGGUAAUAAGCAAGAUAUUAAAUAUUUCCGGAUGGCAUCUUCUGGUCAGGAUAGCAUAAUUAAGUUAUGGAUUAUUUCAUUUGCUGAUCUCACAGGCCUUGAAGUGAAAUAUAAGUGUACGUUAAGUGGACAUACUGCCCCAGUUCUGGCUUGUGCUUUUUCUUGCGAUGGGCAAACUUUAGUCUCUGGGUCUGUGGACAAAACUGUAAUGAUUUUUGAAAUUAACACAGGGACAAUCCUACACAUUUUGACGCAGCAUACCAGGUAUGUUACAACUUGUGCCUUUGCACCAGAUAUGCCAUUAUUUGCUACGGGUUCAAUGGAUAAGUGUGUGAACAUCUGGCAAUUUGAACCAAAGCAACUUUUGACAGGAAGCACACUAAUGGAGGAACCAAAGAUAUCUGUUGAUAAUUGGUCAGAAGAAGACGUUUCUGUUUGGCUAUGUACACAAAGCUUGCAAGAUCUAGUUGAGAUUUUCAAAAGAAACAACAUUGAUGGAAAAGAACUGCUGAAUCUUACAAAAGAGAGCUUGGCAGAUGAUUUAAAAAUUGAUUCUCUAGGUCUCCGAAGUAAAGCAUUGCGAAGCAUUGAUGAGCUGAGAACUGAGAUGAAAUCUGCUUGUCUUGGUAUCCCUGAUGAAUUCCUUUGUCCCAUAACAAGAGAGCUUAUGAAAGAGCCUGUCAUUGCUGCAGAUGGCUAUUCCUAUGAGAAGGAAGCAAUGGAAAAUUGGAUCAUUAAGAAAAGGCACUCCAGUCCCAUGACAAAUCUCCCUCUACAGAGACUUGUACUUACCCCAAACAGAAGUUUGAAAAUGGCUAUCAAUCGCUGGUUAGAAACUCAGCUAAAAUAUAAUGAAAAGCCAUCAUCCUAAACAUUUUUUUUUCAAAUAGUGGAAAUGAAGUUGAAGGCUGAAGUGAUCCUGCACAAGAGCUUCCCCCUCAUUGUCAGAGUCAUUGCUCUGUGAUGUUGGCUGAGGACACUGCGGCUUUGGUUGCUGUGUUCUCUGGAGCUGUUUGCACUCCUCUUCUACUCGAGCUAGCAGUCUCUUUACUUCUUGGUUACCAGGGCACAACUUUAUGGCUUCUCGCAGAUCACAGAGGGCUGCAUGGAACUGCCUAAGGGGGGGAAAUGAAUACAAUAAACUUGGCACAUUGACAAUUUAA